GGCUUUCUUUUGUACAACCAACGAAGAAAAAUGGCAAUCCCAACUGCAAAACUCAACAACGGUAGAACUAUCCCAUUAGUAGGAUACGGUACAUGGGUAGGAGACCAAUCCCAAGGUCCUGCACUCCUCCCAUCUAUUAAGGAAGCUAUCAAGCAAGGCUACAGACACAUUGAUACUGCUACACUCUACUGCAACGAAGCGGAAGUUGGACAAGCAGUCCGCGAGUCAGGUAUCCCACGUGAGGAAUUCUUCAUCACUACCAAAGUCUGGAUCACAGAAUUGAACGAAAAGGCUACCGAAUCUUUAAACGGAUCACUCAAAAGCGCUGGCCUUGAUUACUUUGACUUACUUUUGGUUCACUGGCCUCAAACCACUUACAAGGGUACAGGAGAGAACCCAGAUGAUCCAUCAGAGCGCAACUACCUCAAGGUAUGGAAGCAAUUCGAAGGUUUCCUCGACACUGGUAAAGUAAAGACAGUCGGUGUCUCAAACUUCGCUAUUCCAUUCUUGGAAGAUUUACUCGCUAACAGCAAGGUUGUCCCAGCUGUAAACCAAAUCGAAACCCACCCAUGGAACCCUGACUUUGAACUUAUCGAUUACUGUCACAAGAAGGGUAUCCACGUCACUGCCUACUGCCCAGUUGCAGGACACACUCCACUCAUUAAAGAUGAAACUGUAAACGCAAUCGCUAAAGAACUUGGUGCAACUCCAGCCCAAGUUCUCCUUAGCUGGGGUGUUCAAAGAGGCACCUCAGUCAUUCCAAAAGCAACAAGCAGUGAACAUAUCAGCGAAAACUUGAAGCUCUUUACUCUCUCACCUGAGCAUGUUAACCGUAUUAACAAGAUCAACGAGAACCCAGCUACUCAAUCAAGAGUUAACUACGGUAUCGUUAGCAACAACAAGAUCUUCGGAUGGACACCACAACAACUUCAAAUCGAUGUCGGUUUCCCAACACUCGGUUUACCAGGUAUUAAGCAAACCUAAAUAACGAAAUAAUGAUAAGAAAUCCGCAUAAAGUAUUUAGAAUGUAACAAUUUUUGAUCGAAAAUUUACAAGACUUUUUUU